AUGUCCAGGAUUGGUGAAAAGAAAAGGAAGUCUAUUAAUUCAAUGAAAGCGCUGGAUCGGGAUCGAGCUGCUUGGCAAGUCAGGCGUGGCAUGAAGAGCCUUGGAGUGCUCUUCAGCUGUGCCUGGGCCGCUGUGGCCAUUCGGGUUGACUGGCCGGUGAAGAAGUCCUGCGAGACCCCGGGAGACAUAGUCAUCGGCGGCCUCAUGAUGGUGCACGAGAGAGAGGAUACUGUCGUCUGCGGCCCUGUCAUGCCGCAAGGAGGUCAGUAA